AUGCUCAACAUUCAGCUACCUGAACAUGCGGAGACCGUCAAGUCCGACAGCGGAUCUCCGUCGUCUCCGUCCCAUACACCAGAAGCCGAUGGCGACCAGGACUUGGCGGCGUUCCUGGAGAUCGGAUCGCCCUACGGCUUCAAGCACGACGUGCACAUCCACUACAACUUCCAGGAAGCGAGAUUCGAGGGCAUUCCAGACAACUUUGCCGACUACUUGGUGUUUGGAGCCCCGGAACGAGGUCGCGCAGACACAAUCUGCUCAGUGGACACGUCGGUUUCCCAGGGCGUACGACGUAUCAAGCGGACACGAACAAGUUCUGCGCCCCCCGCAAGCAUGAGCUUGUCCAGUAUGAUCGCGAGCAUGGACCCGAUCAACAGCAACGACCCCGUGCGGAUACUGAACCAGCACUUCAAGUUGCCAUUCCGACAAGUUCCACGCCUUGCCGUCCCCGGCUACGAGGAAAGAAUCCCUGCCGUCUUGAUCAUGCUGCAGCAACACUUUGUUGCCAAACGGGGAUACCUGAACCCCCACAUCUUCCGCGAGUCGCCCAGCAAGGCCGAACGAGACCAAGCGAUGCUGGACAUCAACUGUGGAGCUUUCCGAGGAGCGCAGCACGACGUUCGGGUGCUGGCCGACCUCAUCAAGCUCUGGUUCCGUGAACUGCCGGUACCCAUUCUGCACGAAAUCCCUUCAGGCGAGAUGGAGCGCUUGGCGUUGGCCGAGAAUGUCGACGAAGUGCUGAGUCUGCUAGGAAAUCUGGAGCACAGCAUCAUUCUGUGGUUAGCAGAUCUGCUGGCCUUCGUGGCCGAGUACCAACCGCACAACCACAUGGGCGUGGAUCAACUCGCCAUCGUCAUCGCACCAAACCUCGUGCGUCUCGAGACAGAGAACCCCAUGGUCGCUGUUGCUCUCUCCAAAGCCGUCGUCGACCUCUUCCGAGUAGUCCUUCGAGCUCGAUUCCAGCGUCGCCAGGAGCUGAAGGCCGCUCGAGUCAUCGAGAGCGAGGACUAA